AAACUAAAAAACCAAACAAAUUGCUCUGUUUCAACUUUCAACCAACACAUUCUUUGAUAAAUUUUCCACUUCUUUAGACAUCAAGAGAUGCCACUAUAUGUUUGCUCAUCCAAUCCCUCAUCAACUUCCAUUUCAAAGUUCAUAUCAGACCAACCAUAUCUUCAUAUGUUAGAAACCAAAUGUAGCACCAUGACAGACCUCAAAAAGAUUCAUGCCCAACUCAUUAAAACUGGUCUAAUUAAGGACAAAAUAGCAUCUAGCCGUGUCCUUGCAUUUUCAGCCAAGUCCUCUAUUGGUGACAUCAACUAUGCUAACUUAGUUUUCACUCACACGGAAGAUCCAAAUCUUUUCACUUGGAACACUAUCAUUAGAGGUUUCUCAGAGAGCUCAACUCCACUAUAUGCAAUUCAUCUGUUCAUUCAAAUGUUGAACAACACUUCAGAAAUUCAACCACAUGUGCUUACUUAUCCUUCUGUUUUUAAGGCGUACGCUCGAUGUGGUCUUGCGAAAGAUGGAGCUCAACUUCAUGGGAGAAUCAUUAAACUAGGCCUUGAAUUUGACACAUUCAUAAGAAAUACGUUGUUACAUAUGUAUGCAAAUUGUGGAUUUUUGGUUGAAGCAAGGAAAUUGUUUGAUGAGGAUGAAGUUGAGGACGUUGUUGCUUGGAAUUCUAUGAUCAUGGGCCUAGCUAAAUCGGGAGAAUUCGAUGAUUCUUGGAGGUUGUUUAGUAAAAUGGAAACUAGAAAUGAUGUGUCUUGGAACAGUAUGAUAAGUGGAUUUGUUAGAAAUGGGAAGUGGAGUGAAGCGUUGGACCUUUUUAGCACUAUGCAAGAGGAAAAUAUUAAGCCUAGUGAAUUCACCUUGGUAAGCCUAUUGAAUGCUUGUGGACACCUAGGAGCACUUGAACAAGGGAAUUGGAUUUAUAUGUAUGUUAAAAAGAACAAUGUUAAAUUAAAUGUCAUUGUUGUUACUGCAAUCAUAGACAUGUAUUGCAAGUGUGCAAAUGUUGAAAUGGCGUGGCAAGUUUUUGUCAGUGUCUCAAAUAAAGGGUUGUCUUCUUGGAACUCCAUGAUUUUGGGCUUAGCUACUAAUGGUUUUGAGGAUGAAGCGAUUAAGCUAUUCUCAAGGCUACAGCGCACGAAUCUCAAACCAGAUUCAGUGAGUUUCAUCGGUGUACUAACUGCGUGCAAUCACUCCGGAUUGGUAGACAAAGCUAAAGACUACUUCCAAUUGAUGAAAAAAGAAUAUGGUAUCAAACCAUCAAUCAAGCACUAUGGUUGUAUGGUCGAUAUUUUGGGACGAGCAGGACAACUUCACGAAGCAGAAGAGGUUAUAAGAAGCAUGGAAAUAGAACCUGAUGCUGUUAUAUGGGGUUCUUUGUUAUCUGCUUGUAAGACUCACGGGAACAUGGCGUUGGCAAGACGGUCAGCUGAGAAUUUGCUUGUGCUUGAUCCGAAUGAAAGCAGUGGUUAUGUAUUGAUGGCGAAUAUGUAUGCAGCCUCGGGGAAAUUUGAAGAAGCGAUGGAUGAGAGGAUAUCAAUGAAGGAGAAAGAGAUAGAGAAAGAACCGGGAUGUAGUUCAGUAGAAGUUAAUGGAGAAGUUCAUGAGUUUGCUUCUGGUAGGAAGUUAGAUUCUGAGUUCCAUGAUAUAUAUUCUUUGAUAUACUAGACACACUUAAGAAUUUAUUGUCUUUUUAGAGACCAGUGUACACAAUCACUUCAUUUGCCACUCCACCCUUUAUGAAUGUCAGCAGACUUUAGAAGAACAUAGUCAAACAAACCUGCACUCUUUUGGCAGUAUAUCUAGCAGAUUAAGACUACAAUAUCAUAUAUUUCAUGUCAAUCUAAAAACUUGUGUUAACUAUUAACCCAGUUGAACAUAAUUAACAUGAAUAAGGAUCUGUUGAGAAAUAGGAUUAGGUGAAUGUACCAAAAGACCAAUGGAUUUAUCAUUGAUCAACCGUCUCCUACUCUGCAAUCAUUCUUAUUGGCGGGUUCACCGUAUUACCGGUGGAUAUCAUCAUUUAUGCACAUACUUUCCAGCAGACCGGAUUUUGGGUCACAUCUCACACCACAAAAUCACUCUCUACCCUAAAACACCCACUAUUUCCACCAUUAAUGCCACUCCUUAGAACCUCCAUAACACGACCACAGUUUCGCCUUAGUACCACCACUUUUAAUCACCGGAAAAACAGAAGCUCUAACAACCGAAAACAGAGCCGACGGCGGCGCACCACCACCAUCUCAGCUAAACUAGCCAUUGAACCACAGUAAAUCAUUGGUAGAAGAAGGAACAUGAGGAAGAUAAAGGAAAGAAAGAAAAAGAAAUUAAAAAAAUAGAAUAUUAAAUCAAAACAAUUUUUAAAAGAGUUUAAGUUUUGUGCAUGUACCAAUGGUAAUAUUGACCUACUAUAGUAGGUUACUAACUUUUUACUGCAAUAAUUUUUUUGCUUCUCUAAAUACAAACUCCAGCUUUUUGUUUUUCCUCUCUCAUCAACCCUACAGAAUAUCCGUCUUCCUCGUUCUCUCAAACCAGAGUUAUCUAAUCACCCUCUAUGUUUUCUAUCAUUGGCUUUUUGUUCCCCAUGUGUAUUAGUCCACCCAAAAUAUCAAUGUGCUUUGUUAUA